AUGCUACCAAAAGUUUAUACACUGCAUUGCUACAUGGUGUCGGACAAAUCCGCGGACGCACGCGCGACUUUUCAAACAGAGAUUUACAGGCAUUAUUGCUUGCUAUCCCCACACCCACAAACGAACUAUUCAGUGUCGCUGCCAGGACAAAUCACAGAGGCCGUUUUGAACAUCGCGUUUCCACAACUCCCACAAGACUUACAGUCGUGUUCUUUUCGGGACAUGGUGAGCUACUGCUGCAUGUCUUCAACCAUUUUUAAUGACUUCAUUUGGACGUUCAGACUCUUCACAACACCACGCGACCUCUUAAGCGAAUUUUUUUUUCGAUACGAGGUCGUGAUGAGUAUUCACUGCCAACAAAGUGUAGUGAUACGAGCUCGAAUCACUCGGAUGUUGUCUGUGUUCUCAACAAAAAUCUUGCCACUGCUCUCACAUAUCGAAGCAGAAGAAGCCAUUCAAGUGAUGACCAUUUUCACUGAUAGAAUGCUCAACUAUGGAAUGAAAAAACAAUCAAAUUUACUCAGAAAACAAAUCACUGACAAAACAGUCGUCUUUAUAUCACCAAAACCACGCGUCGAGUUCAUCUCGUUGGAGUUUGUGUUGGCGACAUUUAAAGCAAGUUUCCUUGAAAUCGACCCAAUCGAUUUCGCAAGGCAAAUGACUUUAAUCCAGUCCGACGCAUUUCAGAAAAUCUCAAAUUUCGAAUUGAUCUUGUGGAAUAAGGCGAAGGACCGAUGUCCGAAUGUACAAAACUGUGUGAAUCUCUUUAACAACUUUCAAAACUACUUUGCGCAUCAAAUACUGACGGAAAACUCCGCAAAGAUCCGCGCGAAAAUCAUCGAGAACAUUUUAAUCAUUGCCAACGAGUGUUUUAAACUCCAAAAUUAUGACGCGGUGAUUUGUAUCAUCACGUUGUUCUCGACAAGUGCAAUAUGUCGCCUCAAAAAAUCGUUUUCUUUUGUGUCUCCGGAGUACGCGAAGAUCAGUCAGAGGCUCAACGACUUUGCAUCGCCCGAUGAGCGAUGGAAGAACUAUCGAAAUGAAUUAAAGUAUGCUAUCCACAAACCAUGUGUACCCUAUGUUGGGUGUUUCCUUGGUGACAUAUUGUUCACGGACGAUGGGUUGAAGUCCACGACAGAGGAGGAUGGAAUUAAUUUCAACAAGUGUAAGAGAAUGACUGCAAUUGCAGAGGAAGUUUCUGUGUUAAAGCAACGGGUGUAUUGUUUGAGCACAAAUGAAGUACUUCAGAGAUAUAUGUUACAAGCAAUUGUCGAAGAAACAACACUUGAAAGUAAUCGACUUGACAUAUCGAAGAAGUUGGAACCAAUUGGGGGUCAAGAGAAGAUACGGAGAUUAAGUAGUGGUGAAAUAAUUAAGGACCCGAAUCGAAUCACCCUCGACUUUUUGAAUGACAGUGGCGUGUUAGAGAGUUAUAGUGUUAUUAAAGGGACGAUUUACAUUUCGUUUAUACAAACAGUGUGUUCUCUGGAUGAAGACGACAUCCACGAAACACGUGUUAUUUUAUACGAGAACGAAAGAAUAAUUGAAGUUGAGUUAGACGAAGAGGUGUUUCAAAGUGACGGAGUCUAUGUCAUAAUGGAUCCGAAUCGGAACAUUGGUGUUCAGUAUUCGAAUGAAGAAAUAAUGAUGCCAAUGGAUGUGACAAAGAAAAUGGGGAGUGUUCGAGAAGCUUUAAAGCGAGUUUUUGGGUGUCAAGAAUGUGUCACGUUUUUCCGAGGGGAUGGGAAACGGAUAGUUGGGUGGAUAUCAUCUGAGAGUAUCAUUGGUGAUGUUGUUAAAGAGAAGAAUAGCAUAGUGAUGGUGGCUAAGAGUUCAUUUAGUCAACUUUUAGAAGACUCGUUUGUUGGGUCUUCAUUCUUUGGGCGCUACGAAGUUUCGAAUGAAUAUGGAAGUGCUAUGUUAGUCCAGGCAGAGCAAUUUCUCUGUAUCAAAACAGAAACAUACAAUGUCAUUCCAAAGGAAAAUAUUAGUAUAGUCUACGAACCAUUAAACGAACAAAUCAAAAUUUUUUCGAAUUGGGAAGGAGGGGUACAGAAGAUUGUAGGGACUUACAAAGGCGAAAUGGCAGUGUUACAAAAAGUGGUUGAGAUUUUUCAUUGCAAAUAUGGACUUUGUGGUGUUCGAGUUGACGAUUUGUAUUGUGAAGAAGGGCUUCCCCCUGUUCUUUUGAAGAUCUGCAAUGCAAUGUACUUGAAUGAGAAAUUUACAUCUGAAUAUUUCUUUAUUGAAACCGACUUGAAAGAAGCACAAAACAUGUUAACAAAAUGCGAACUUGGUGAAUACGUCGACUUCUAUUUACUUUCAUCGAAGAUUGUUGUUGGGAUGUUUGUCUUGUUUUUAAGUGCAAUGGUUGAGCCAUUUUUUAGUGUUGAGUCAAUGCCUUCGUUUGGUGACAAUGAUAUACUAAAGAUAUCUAAUUUUCUUAUUAACCACAUCACACACUCAACAAAGAAAAAAGUACUUCAAUUGAUCUUGUUUGUACUCCACGGAUGGGUUAUAUACAAUCCAAAUCUUAAAGAAGUCACUCUCCAAUUCACAGAAUACUUCUUUAAACAAAAUAUCCCACCAGCAACACAAUGGAAAAUCUUUAAGUAUAUGGUCACGCACUACGAAGAAUUGACAUUUAAAGAACCACAAAAAACUAUUUUAAAACCACGACCCGAUCAACACGUUUCGAUUGGAUGUCUUGUUCACGGCUUUUUUAAACAAGUCGACUUCGCGAAGAAAACUCAACACGUCCUUUUGUGCGAAAAACAUCGCGCUGUCGAGCGUGGCACAGAACUACUCAAACCAAAUUUAAAGUUUGCGAAGGCACGACCGACAACAAAAACACAACGCCCGACAGUGGUGGUGGGUAAGAGGGCUUCAGAGAAAAUCACGAUAUUCCCGAAGUCCCCAGAACUCCCCCUUUCAAAAUCACAAUCUGGGUCUGGUCUUACAUCACCACGGUCACAACUUGUGAACUCGAGUGUAGUCAUUGGAGCACGAUCGAAGAGUGAGGGGAAACGACCGUCGCGCUCUAUGAUCAUUGAAACGAUCGAGUAA